AUGGGUGGGAGGAAGGGCAAAGCGCCCAAACGCACAGCGGGAGCGGGGAGGAGGCCGGCGAAAGAGGACCAGGAGUCCGGGUUGGUCAGCGCCGACGGGGAGCCCGGCCGCGACUGCCCACCAGGCCGCAGUAAGGACCGAGGGGCGGAACCCACUUCAGAGCCCACCACCGCCAGAGACCAGGGAGACCCGGGGGAACCCUCUACAGAAGGGAGCAGCGGCCGCGGAGUACCGUUAGAGCCCCCAGGGAAGCGAGGCAGCAGGCGGCGUCGGGGCUGUGUCCCCGAGGAAAGCGGGAAACCGGGGACCAGCCGAGGUGGGAAGGUGGAGGGAAGGGCACCGGAAGAAGGGCGGCGGGACGAGCGAGGCCGCCGCAGGAGAGGGAGAGGGCGGAGGUCUUCUGGCCAACCAGGCGGCCAGGAGACCCGGAGCCUCGAUGGCGACACGUCGGGUGGGGACGGGGGCAGCUCCUGCCUGGACAGCGAAGCGUGGGAGCCCGCGGAGAGCGGGAGCCAGAGCGGCGGGGCCCCGCGGCUGCGCUCCGGGCUGGGGGACACGGCCACGGACUCGGAAGGUCCACGAACUGCGCCAGAGCCAGGGCGCAGAGACAGUGCCCAGGCCCCUGCCCGAGGCCCGAGCCAGGAGAGGCUCUUGGAAACGAGGCCCCCGGGAGCUAGCGAGGACUCCGCGUCUGGGACAAACUCGAGUCUGGAGCGAGCUGGACCUGACCCCAGCCUUGGGACAGUCCCGGGGACAGCGAGCCGAGCCGCCAAGGACGAAAGGGCAGCGCGAGGCGCCCCGGGCUCCAGUCCUCUCGUGGACCGCCGUGCGCGCGCCCCUCGGCGGUCUCCUCGAGACAGCCGGCCGGUGCCGGGCGCCAGUGGCCACGGGGCGCAGGCCGAGAGCGAGCCGCGGGGCGCGGAGCCCGGAGCCAGCGAAGCGUCGAUGCCCCGAGCGAGGCGCCGCCAGGUGGGAACAGAGCUGGAGAAGACGCAGGUGCGGGCGGGAGAGCGCCCGGGGGCGGUGGAGGCGGACGACGCGCCCGCGGACCAGGCGCCGCCGGCGGCCCUCGUGGCGCUCCGCAGUUCCGGCGCUCCGCCCCCGCCAGGCCCUGCUCCCGGGGCCGCACAGCCCCGCCACGCAGGCCUCAAGGAACGGCUCAUGCGCGCAGUGCGCACCCUGGGCCUGCUCGGGUGGCUGCUGCGGCGGCUCGAACUGCACAAGCACAAGGGGCGGAGAGCGGGGCCUGGGGCGCGAGAGGGGCGGGGCUCAAGCAGCGAGGCGGGGCCUGGGGCGAGCCAGGGGAGAGGCUCACGUAGUGGGGCGGGGCCGCGGGAGCGCGAGGGGCGGGGCUCAGGCAGCGGGGCGGGGCUGCGGGAGCGUGAGGGGCGGGGCUCAAGUAGCGUGGCAGGGCCGCCGGCGUGCGAGGGGCGGGACAUGGAUAGGAGGGUGGGGCCUCGGGGGGGCGAGGGGCGGCGCCCCGGGGCGGGGCUUCGGCGCCGUCUAGUGCUGCGUCUGGCGGGCGUCUCAGGCCUUGGGGGACGGCCGAGGGCUCCCCCUGGCGGCGGCUCCGGUUCCCUGCAGGCUGUGAAGACUGCAGCCCCUGACGACCCCUCCCACCAGGAAGAUGUGGCUGGUGACCCCAAGUUCGCGGUCGUGUUCCCCAGGAUCCACCCGGCAAGAAGGGUGUCGAGCACACGGAACUCAGGGGAAGCGACCGUGGACGUGCCCGCCGGGGAAGGGGACAAUGAGGGGAGCAGGGCGGCAGAGGAAGGAGCAACCAGCUCCCUCCUCGUCCUGACUGCCCCCGACGAGUCCCCGGGCAAUGACAGCGGCUCCAGCAGCGAGGCGGAGCCCCAGGUCUCAGAAGCCAAGGUGCCAGUGCACUGGGCGCAGGGCGAGGACCCCCGUGAGGACCCUGAGCCUAGACCCUGCACGCUGCUGCCCCAGCUCACCCUGGAGACCCGCUUGGGGCGAGAAAGGUGCUUGGGGCCCCGCAGGUGCCCCGGGGAGCGCUGGGAGCCUGAGGACGAGGCGGAGGAGGCGCUGGAGCGGCACCUGGAGCUGAGCCUCGGGCCUGGGAUGGAGGCGUCACCUGUCCCCGAUGCUGAGCACAAGGGCCUGGAGGACAUCGAGGACCUGGCUCGGCUGCGGCCCCUGCCUCUCUCUACACCUGAGGUCCUGGCCAGCUACCGUCCUGGAAAAGUCCCCAACACAACCCCGCACAUCUUCGCAAUGGUGGAAGCAGCCCAAAGCCUGGCUCAGAGUGCCAAGCAGGAAGUGUGCCUCCUUCUCAGUGGGCACAGUGGUUCAGGGAAGACCGAAGCUGCUAGAAAGGUCGUGCGGUUCCUCAGCAGCCUUGGACAGGAGAAGGGCCAGGGAUGCCAGCUGGAGGCCAUGCUGCCUGUGCUUAGCAGCUUUGGCCAUGCCAAGACCAUCCUCAAUGCCAAUGCCAGCCGCUUCGGCCAAGUUUCAUGCCUCUACCUGCAGUGCGGAGUCAUCCUCGGAGCCUCUGUGUCACACUAUCUGCUAGAGUCCUCCAGAGUGGUGUUUCAGGCCCCGAACGAGAGGAGCUUCCACGUCUUCUAUGAGAUGCUGGCGGGACUAGACCCCGCAGAACAGGAGAGGCUCUCCCUGCAAGGACCAGAGACAUACUACUACCUGAACCAGGGCCGAGCCUGUAGGUUCCCCGGCAAAGAGGACACUCAGGACUUUGAGGGGCUGGUGAAAGCCCUGCAGGCUUUGGACGUGAGCCCCGAGGAGAUGGCCGCCGUCUGGGCCGUACUGGCCACCAUCCUGCAGCUGGGCAAUAUCUGCUUCUCCUCUUUAGAGGUGGGCUCCCCUGUGGGCACUGUCACUGUGGUGGACGUCUACAGCUUUGAGCGGGAGUCCCGGCAGGUGGCUGCCCUGUCCGGCUGGGCAGAAGUCCACACAGCAGCCCGGCUGCUUCGAGUGCCGCCCGGUCGCCUGGAGAGGGCUGUCACCCAGAGGGUCCUGGAGACGCCCUAUGGCCAGGUUUCGAGGUCGCUGCCUGUGGAGAGCGCCCUUGAUGCCAGGGACACCCUGGCCAAGGCCCUGUACUCGCGGCUCUUUGAUUGGCUCCUGAGGAGGAUUAAUGUGAAGCUGGCACCACCCAGGGAGGGCGGCAGCGUGGGCACCGUCACUGUGGUGGACGUCUACAGCUUUGAGCUCAAAAUUGCAGAGAUGGCUGGUCCCAUCCUGUGCCUGAAUUUAUCUCUAAGCCUGCACCCUGCUUCCUUCUCUAAGGCCUGGGCCAUCAGGACCCCGGUAGCUUCUCUGAUGAGGGCGGGAGCCCACCCUGAGCCCCCCACCUCAGCCCCUGCUGUCCUCCCCAGCACCGCAGGCACUGCAGGUGAACAGCCUUGAGCAGCUCUGCAGCAACCUGGCCAGUGAGCGCCUGCAGGUCUUCUCCAGCCAGAUGCUACUGGCCCAGGAGGAGGAGGAGUGUCGACAGGAGUCGCUGUCCUGGGUGCCCAUCUCCCAGGCUCCACGGGUGUCUUGCCUGGACCUCCUCGUAGACCAACCCCACAGCCUGCUGAGUAUCCUGGAUGCCCAGACAUGGCUGUCCCAGGUCGAUUUCACACAAGGGCCACUGACCACACCUUCCUCCAGAAAUGCCACUACCACCAUGGCGGCCACCCGUGCUACGCCAAGCCCCAGCUGCCCCUGCCCAUCUUCACGGUGCAGCAUUAUGCUGGGACCGUCACAUACCAGGUUCAUAAGUUUUUAAGCAGAAACCGGGAUCAUCUGGACCCUGCCGUGGUGAACAUGCUUGGCCAGAGCCAGCUCCAGCUGGUGGGCAGUCUGUUCAAGGAAGUGGAGCCCUGGCCUGACGGAGGCCGAGCUGGCCCUACCCUGGCCUCACGCUUCCAGCAGUCAUUAGAGGACCUCAUAGCCCGGUUGCACAGGGACCAUGUCUACUUUAUCCAGUGCAUUAACCCCAACCCAAGCAAGCUCCCAGGCCUCUUUGACGUAGGACAUGUGGCUGAGCAGCUGCGCCAGGCGGACAUCCUGGAGGCCAUUCGCACACGCGGUGCGAACUUCCCUGUGCGCGUGCUUUUCCAGGCCUUCUUGGCCAGGUUCCAGACCCUGGGCGAGGGGGUGCAGGCAGAGCCCUCCGACAGGGAGAGGUGCAGCGACAGGGAGAGGUGCAGCGCAGUCCUGAGCCACGUGCUGGGAGCCGAGUCGCCCCUCUAUCACCUGGGAGACUCCAAGGUGCUGCUGCAGGAACCAGGCUGGCAGCAGCUGGAGAAGCAGCGGGCAGAGCAGCGCGCCCAGGCCCUGCUGGCGCUGCACCGCGGGCUCCGCGCCUGUAUCUCCCGCCAGCGCCUCCGCCUCCUGCCCCGGAUGCAGGCCCGCGUGCGGGGACUCCAGGCCAGGAAGCGGUACCUCCGGAGACGGGCUGCCCUGGGACAGCUGCACACCGUCCUGUUGGUGGCCCGGCCCCUGCUCUGGAGAAGGCGGAGAUUACAGCUUGGACAUCGGUGUAGCUGGCACAGUGGUGGGGCCUCGGAGAAAGUGCCAAGCAUGGACCUGGGGCGCUUGGAGAUCCCAGCUGAGCUGGCCAUCAUGCUGAAGGCUGUAGAAGGCCGCCAGCCCGCCCUGGCAGACAGCAUCACUGAGUCCAUGCCUCCGGAAGUCACUGCCCGGCCCAGCCUGGCCCUCCCGCCUGACAUCGACCGUUUCCCCUUUUCCAGUUUCAUCUCCAUCAGCUUCCAGGAACCCUCCCUGCCCCACCCUGGACAGCUCCUGUCCAAACCCCUGACCCGGCUGGACAGUGUGAACCCACAGCGUGCCCUGGACAUCAACAAGGUGAUGCUGCGGCUUCUGGGGGACGGGUCCCUGCUGCCCUGGCAGGAACAUGCCAUGGGUGCAUACCUGGUGCUGCUGGGCCGGCGGCAGCCAGGGAUCCGGGACGAGCUCUUCAGCCAACUGGUGGCCCAGCUCUGGCUCAACCCGGACGAGCAGCAGAGCCAGCGUGGCUGGGCCCUCAUGGCAGUGCUCCUCAGCGCCUUUCCCCCCACGUCCACCCUGCAGAAGCCCCUGCUCAAGUUCGUAUCUGACCAGGCCCCCCAGGGUAUGGCAGCCCUGUGCCAGCACAAGCUGCUGGGUGCCCUGGAGCAUGAACAGCUGGCUCCUGGGACCACUCGGGCCUUCCCACCCACCCAGCUGGAGUGGACGGCCGGAUGGCGGCGGGGACGCAUGACUUUGGACGUGUUCACCUUCAACGAGGAGUGCUACUCGGCCGAGGUGGAGUCCUGGACCACGGGGGAGCAGUUCGCGGGCUGGAUCCUGCAGAGAAGGGGAGGCCUGGAGGUGCCCCCUCGAGGCUGGUCGGUGUCACUGCAUUCCGGGGAGGUCUGGCAGGACCUAAUUGGCUGCGACUUUGUGCUGGACCUGAUCGGGCAGACGGAGGACCUGGGGGACCCAGCUGCCCCCCACAGCUACCCCAUCACCUCACAUGAUUUCUCCAGCAUCCCUCGAAACUCCCCUGCAGACAUUCCCCCUGCCCCCAGCGUCUGGGCCCCACAGCUGCCCUCAGGACCACCCCCAGGUGCAGCUCCAACACUGCCCGGCAGGAGCCACGCAGGGGAGUCCCAGGCAUCAGGGAGCCUUGAUGGCUUCUUGGACAACGUCUUCGAGCCGGUCCUGUCCCCCAGCAUGAGCGAUCUGGAGCAAAGCAGGGCCCUUCAGGGCCGCAUGAAGGGAGGGGGUGCCAUGCAGCCGAGUGGGUACCCCAUGGUGUACCCAGGGAUGAUGCAGAUGCCUGGAUACCAGCCUGCCAUGAUGCCAGCACCUGCUCCCAUGGUGCCAGCCAUGGGCGCAGUCCCUGCCAUGCCAGCCAUGAUGGUGCCGCCGCCGCAGCCGUCCCAGCCCGUGCUUUCCAGCCUCGAAGCCAGGCAGCUGGCCACCCAGCAGCAGAACUUCAUCAACCAGCAGGCGCUGAUCCUGGCCCAGCAGAUGACAGCCCAGGCCAUGACUCUGUCCCUGGAGCAACAGACCCUUCAGCGGAGGCACCAGGCCCCAGCCUCCAGGGCGGACUCCAAGGCCCCACCCACAGCCACUACCCCCAAGUCCAAGAAGCCUCCUGCCCCUGCCCCGGCCCCUGAGGAGGAGCCAGAGGAAGAUGUGAGGCCAGUGGGAGCCACUUUCAGGGAGCCCGCAGAGGAGACUGAAGACAGGCCCCAGAGACCCAAAAGCUUCCAGCAGAAACGAGACUACUUCCAGAAGAUGGGGCAGCAGCAGAUCAAGGUGAAGAAGGUGAGGCCUCCAGCCAAGGUCCACAUCCCGCAGGCAGAUGAGGAAGAGGAGUCAGAAGAGGCUGCGAGAGCAGGUGAUUCUCCACCCCCUCCUCCUCCUCCAAUAGGGAGGAAGUCAAUGAAACAAGGUGCAGCCAAAGCUGCAAAUGAGGCUGAGGCAGAGCCAGCCAAGGAGGCAGAGCCAGCCAAGGAGGCAGAGCCAGUCAAGGAGGCCAGGGCUAGUGGUGGACAGGGCCUGGCUGGAGGCAGGGGGGUCAUGGUGCACAGCUUGGAGACCCCCUCUCAGCAGCCAAAGCCCCACUCCCAGCGACCAGAACCCAGCCGGGAGAUCCGUAACAUCAUCCGCAUGUAUCAGAGCCGCCCAGCACCUGUACCUGAGCCCGUGCAGCCAUCCAGGCCCCCGAAAAAUUUCCUGAAGAAAAAUGACCCCAAGCACGAGGCUCUGGCUAAGCUUGGGAUCAAUGGUGCCACCUCUCCCUCACUGAUGAUGUCCCCCAGCCUGAGGAAGGACUCCCCCCCAGCAGUGGCCCCUCGACCCAAGAAGCCCGUCCGGCUUGGGCCCUCCAGCUCCAUCAAGGAGAAACAGGGCCCCCUUCGAGAUCUCUUUGGCCAGGCCCCACCCACUCCCGGUGCACCCCCACCUCCACCAGCACCCCCACUGACUCUGCCUGGAGACCCAGAGGUGCGGCCAGCUAGGCCACAUGUGUCCUCGGAGCCCAUGUGUGACCAGGGCAUCUCCACACAACUGCUUGUACCCUCGGGCAGUGUCUGCUUCUCCUAUGCAGGGCCACCUUGGAAACUCUUCCUGCGCAAGGAGGUGUUCUAUCCCCGGGAGAACUUCAGUCAUCCCUACUGCCUCCGGCUUCUCUGUGAGCAGAUCCUGCGAGACACCUCGGCCGAGUCCUGCAUCCGGAUCUCCCAGGACGAGCGGCGCCGAAUGAGGGACCUGCUGGGGGACCUGGAGGUGGGACUGGACUCCAUCGCCUCCGCUGAGGACAAUGUCAAGAAGCGCAUCGUGGUGGCAGCCCGGGACAACUGGACCAAUUAUUUCUCCCGCCUCUUCCCCGUCACGGGUGAGAGUGGCAGCGACGUGCAGCUGCUGGCCGUGUCCCAUCGGGGGCUGAGACUGCUCAAGGUGACCCGGGGCUCCGGCCCCCACCCAGACCAACUGAAGACCCUCUGCUCGUACAGCUUUGCCGAGGUGCUGGGUGUGGAGUGUCGGGAUGCCACCACCCUGGAGCUGUCGCUAAGGAGCGAGCAGCUGAUGUUGUACACGGCCCGGGCAGGCGCCAUCAAGGCCAUGGUCGAGCUGUACCUGAAUGAGCUCAGGAAGGACUCCAACUAUGUUGUCGCCCUGCGAAGCUACAUCACUGGCGACAGCAGCCUCCUCAGCGUUCACCGCGGGGACCUCAUCAAGCUGUUACCCAUGACCACCCUGAAGUCAGGUUGGCAGUUCGGCUCCUGCGGGGGCCGCUCGGGGCUCUUUCCCUCUGACCUGGUGCAGCCAGCAGCCGCCCCCGACCCCUCGGUGGAGCAGCGGGGCAGCCGGCAGAGGAAACCACCGCCUCGUGGGGAGCCGGUGCUCGCUCCGGGGGCCAGGGCCUCGGAGCAAGACUGUGAGCCCGCUGUGGGCAGGGGCUGCUGUCCCCCGUCACCUGCCACAGAAGACGCUGCUCAAUAA